GAGGCGGCUGCGGCAGCCGGCGCGGGGAUGUCGAGAAGCUCGAAGGCAGUGCUCGGCCUCUCGGUGCUCCUGACGGCGGCCACGGUGGCCGGCGUGCACCUAAAGCAGCGACAGGACCGGGAGAGGCUUCGUGACGGAGUGAUCAGAGACAUUGAGAGGCAAAACCGGAAAAAAGAAAACAUCCGUCUUUUGGGAGAACAGAUUAUUUUGACUGAGCAACUUGAAGCAGAUAGAGAGAAGAGAUUACUGGCAAAAGGAUCUCAAAAAACAUGACUUGAAAUGAAUGUCAGAUAU